GCCUUUCCACUACCUCCCGACGUGCCCCACCUCCGAGCCUUCUCCCGGGCCCCUCCUCCCUUCCGGAGCCCCGUUCCCCUCCAUCGGGAAGACCUGCCCCCCUUUCCUCUGUGGAAGGCGGACUCCAGGAGUCAGGCCUAGUCCUGCCUGUCGGACAGGCCCACCCACCCAAGUGGGCGUGUUUCACUCCAGACCCUCUGCAGGGCCGGGACACAGUUGCCGGUCCACCGCUCCACACAACUCGUGAUUCCGUUUUGCUUUGCUUCUGCAUUUCACACGCACGGUCCAUACCGCGCGGUCAGCGAGCACGGUGUCUCGGGGUCCACAUCAGCCCCUGCCUCGAGCCAUGGCGCAGGCCAGCCCCUCAGUGUGCGCCACUUGGGUCAGCGUGUCCCGGAGAUGGUGGGGACAGACAGCCUGGCCCCAGUUCUCACCCUGGAUCACGGCCCCACCGCCUCCCUGGCUACCCCCUCUCUCCGCCGCGGGGGCACCUGCCGGGGCUCCUCAGCCUGACCCUGGAAGCCUGUGCUAACUCCUCUUGCCUGCGCUCCAACAUCAUCUCCCGACAGUUCCCUGCAGUUUCCUGGAAGCUCCACCGGCAACUUGCCUCCAAGUGUUGGUUCCUUCUGCUCUCAGUUCCAGGUCCUGUGACCCCUCCCUCCAUGAAGCUUUCCCCAGUUCAGCCUCAGGCAUCCCCACACCGGGGUCCUCUCUGUCACAGCCUCAGCCCCUGGGCUGGGCCUCUCUGCACAGUGCCUUACCCUGCCUGUGGCCUUGUGGCUGGCACCCUGACCCCUCCUUUCCUGCAGGUCCCCCUUGGUGGCUCCAAGAAGACUCCCGGCACAACAAUGCCAUCCCCACUGGGCCCCCCGAGUCUGCCCUCUGUGGACCCCGAGGCCACCCUGGCGGAUCCUGAGGCAGCACGCCAGCGCUUCCGGGGCUUCUGCUACCAGGAGGUGGCCGGUCCCCGCGAGGCGCUGGCCCGGCUGCGGGAGCUGUGCCGCCAGUGGCUGCGGCCCGAGGUGCACUCCAAGGAGCAGAUGCUGGAGCUGCUGGUGCUGGAGCAGUUCCUGGGCGCGCUGCCCCCCGAGAUCCAGGCCUGGGUGCGGGGCCAGCAGCCAGGCAGCCCUGAGGAGGCCGCUGUCCUGGUCGAGGGCCUGCAGCAUGACCCUGGGCAGCUGCUGGGCUGGAUUACAGCACAUGUCCUGAAGCAAGCGGUGCUCCCGGCCACACAGAAGGCAGAGGAGUCUGUGGGGAGCUCCCACCCUUCAGGGACAGUGGAGCCCCUAAGGGCAGCCUCUGGGGAGGGGUCCAAGGAUGCCCAGAUGGAGGGGAACGCCCAGCUCAGCUGCAGCGUGAAGGAGGAGCCUGAUGGCUAUGGGCAGGAGACGGCACCGUCCAGCCCCCCACAUCCAGGCCGGUCCCAUGAGGGGCCCGCUGAACAACAGGAACCGACCUCCGUGCCCUUCCAGCCACCCAGGAUUCAGGAGGAGUGGGGGCUCCUGGACCCGUCACAGAAGGAGGUGUACUGGGACGCGAUGCUGCAGAAGUAUGGCACGGUGGUCUCCCUGGGGUUGCCGUGCCCCCUGCCGGAGGCACGCACUGAGCCGGAGCCGGAGGCGCUGAGCACCGGAUCCGAGGGAGCGAGAAGCCUCCGCCCGGGAGGUGAGAGCGAGAGCUCCCGAGAGGGCCGGCCCGGCUGCCCGGAGGCCCCGCCGCCCGCGCGGAGCAAGCCCUACACGUGCGCGCAGUGCGGCCGCACCUUCGACUGGAAGUCGGUGUUCGUCAUCCACCGCCGCGCGCACGCGGGCGGCCCGGGCGCCGAGAAGCAGCCGGUGGGGCCGCCCCGGCGCGCGCUCCCGGGCCCGCGCAGCUACGCCUGCGAGGAGUGCGGCCGCAGCUUCAGCUGGAAGUCGCAGCUGGUCAUCCACCGCAAGGGCCACGCCGGCCAGCGGCGCCACUUCUGCGGCGACUGCGGCCACAGCUUCGACUGGAAGUCCCAGCUGGUCAUCCACCGCAAGAGCCACCGGCCCGAGGCCCCGUGAGCGCUGGAGGGGCAGCCUCGCCGGGGCCCCGGGCCCAGCCCGCCCCUGCUACUCCACUCCGCCGCAGCCUGGAGAGCUGGAGGCCGCCCAGGGCAGAAGUCAGAGCCCCAGGAGGGUGCCCCGUCCCCGCUCAGUCUCCCCGCAAAGCCGCGGCUCCCUCCUCUCCUGUCUCGCCCACCCCACCUUUCAGAGAGAGAGAGGCCUGGGCUCCAGUGCACCGCCGCAGGGGACCAGCGGCGGCCGGGUGACUUCCACACCCCUUCCUGUGACAUGGUGCAGGCCGGUGCAGAAAGCCCAGGAGAGCACAGCCUGCUUCUGUUUGCAGGCAGGGGGAAGGCUAAAGUCUGUCCACUGUGCGUUUCAGAUUUUUAACAAAUUCCAGUUUUAUCCCGGAGAAGCUUCUGCGUAAGAAUCCUGAGCUCUGGUCUCUGCUGGUCAGAUCAGCAGCCCCUGCCCUUCCUGCCCGGCAGCUGGAGCUUCAGAGCUGCCUGCCCACGAGCAGGGUCGGUGUCCGGCUUACCUGUUCCUCGGCCGCACACAUCACUCCCUGGCCUUGUCCUUCCAGCUGUCGAGUCCCAGCCUGAACGGACAUUAAGGGAACUUCUUUCCAAGUAUGGACGGACAAGCAUGGUGUCUGAGAACAGAUGUCACUUAGGCCAUGCAUGCUGGCAGAUCAGUGAGUCACAGAGCAGGAGGGCGGACGAUCAGCUGCCUGCCGCCCACGGCAGUCUGUCUGUGGGCAUUCAGGACUUUGGCGUGUCCUGUAGUACUUUCCUACUGUUGCUCUAAUGAACUCGGUGGCUUGAAACAACACAAAACGUACUCUCUUAGGACUCUGAAUUGGGUCUCACUGGGCCCAAUCAAGGUGUCAGCAGGGCUGGUUCCUCCUGAAGGCUCUAAGGGGAGAAUCCACUUUAAGGCUUUUUCUAGCUUGUAGAGGCCGCCGCGUUCCUCGGUGGUGGCCCCUUCCUCCAUCUUCAAAGCCAGCAGUGGAUGGUUAAGUCUUAUGCUGCCUCCCCGUUGUAAGGACCCUCAGGGUUACAUCUACGGCUCCCCUGGUAACCCGUGAUGAUCUCCCCAUCUCAGGGUCACAUCUCACCCAUGCCCCACCUACACACCUGAUCUCAUCUGCAAAAUCCCUUCUGCAUGUGAGACAACAUUCACAGGUUCCAGGGAUUAGGACAUGGAUGUCUUUGGGGACUGUUAUUCCGCACCCUUCUCUGUCACCUUUCUGCUCUGAAAACAAGGGACAUUUUCAUGGGAGGUGGUUUCAGGGAAACAGGUGCACCCACAGAAGAAGCCCUCUGCAGCCUCAGGCUCAUGCAGGGGUGGCAGGUGGGUGUUGAGUGUGGCUGUGACCAUGGUUACUAGCAGAGGUGGGGUGGACACCUGGGCUGCGUGGGGGGACCUUGCUGCAGCCUGAAACUGGGAGGGAGAGGCCUCCAUCUGGAGGACCCGUCUCCUCCAUCCCGUCUUCUGAGGACCUUUGACCUGUCGACCACACUCAGGCCUGGGGAAGCAGAGCCAGGCUGGAGAUGGAACUGGGCACUGGUGCUCUUGUUACUGAGUCCAAGCUUAUACUGCUGGCCGCACCACAGGCCAAUAAAUUGAGAGCCGAGUUGUUGAGGCGAGGAAUAGUGACUUUAUUCAGAAAGCCAGCAGACUCGGGACUUCCCUGGUGGCGCAGUGGUAAGAAUCCGCCUGCCAACGCAGGGGACACGGGUUCGAUCCCUGGUCUGGGAAGAUCCCACAUGCCUCGGAGCAACUAAGCCCGUGCGCCACAACUACUGAGCCUGCGCUCUAGAGCCCGAGAGCCACAACUACUGAAGCCCGCAUACCUAGAGCCUGUGCUCCGCAACAAGAGAAGCCACCGCAAUAAGAAGCCUGCCGCAACUGGAGAGAAAGCCCGCGUGCAGCAACGAAGACCCAACGCAGCCAAAAAUUAAUUAAUUAAAAAAGAAAGUGCUUUAAAAAAAAUAGAAAGCCAGCAGACCAAGAAGGUGGUGCACUCGUGCCGCAAAGAACCAUUUGCCUGAGUUAAGAUUCAGGUUUCUUUCUUACUGAAGGGGGAGGGAGUAAAGUCAAACAUUUCCUGGCUCAGGUCAGCCCCGGGAGGGGAUGUGUUCACUUCCUCUCCCUGCAGUCAUUCACAGGGGGGCCUGGUCAGGAGGUUUCCUGGGAGCUGAACAAAGGUAUUUUAGCUUAAUGCCCAUUAUACCUGGGAGGCAGGGCUCCCAGAAAUGGGCCAUUGUGUAUAUUGAAGCUUAAAGGCAACAUCCCUCCAGUGACUAACUUGUAACAGAAUACAAAGGUGCUUCCCUGUUACAAUCUGGUUGGCAAGCAGGAAGCUUCAUCCAUGCCAGGGACACGGCAGAAGAGGACAGAGCAGGGCCCGAGCGCUCAGGCCAGGCCGAGGGCCCAACGUCGGGACCGCCAGGUGCUGAGGGAGAGCGGUGGGCAAUCUUCUAAUGCAAUUUUCCAUAUUUAAAAGUAGUUUAUGUUCACUUAGAGAAAUCUGAAAUAUACAAGAGGGCAAAGGAGAUCGCAGAAACGACCCCUAAUGCUGCUGUCUUAUUCUCAGUGUUCACCCGCGGGGGUUUGUGUCACACAGCUUGUGAAGCUACUGUACGUUGUGAAUCGUGCUCUUCCCACGCAGCUCCCUGUGUUAUUAAAAAUGCCUGGGUGGAAAUCCCGUUUUCUGGCCGGCAGUGUUGUUCCCACCAAGCCCAGAUAGUUCCUUGUUUCCCGCCCCCCUUAGCACCCAGUGCUGUGGUGGCCGCACCUGAGCAGACACCCCAGAUGCAACCUAGCUGUUUCCUCAAUACAGACACCCCCCAAAGUGGAAGCGGUGAGUUUUCAGGAGCAUGGGAUUUCUGUUCUUGUUUUUUCCUUUUUGUUUUUGUCUUAUAACAAAACAUUAUUAUUUUUAAAAUUUAUUUAUUUAUUUAUUUUUGGCUGUGUUGGGUCUUCGUUUCUGUGCGAGGGCUUUCUCUAGUUGCGGC